AUGAAGAUUGAAUCCCGCUGGCCCGACUGGAAGGAGUACGGUAAUGGCCCCGACAACUCUGGCGACAAAACGUUUUCCGAAGUCAAAGCUGCCGUAAUCGAGGAAUAUGGCGAGGAGGCUCUCCGUCGGGGUUGGUUAGAGGUUUGCAAGAGUCUCGAAACAGUGACUGAAUCUCUGAUCAAGCUUGGCAGUGAUGCCGUCCCCGUCCAUCACAUGGACGCACUCCGUGACCGCGGACUAUCGACGGAUGAACAGGACCAAAUCAGGACAAGGGGAUGCUGCAUCGUGCGUGGAGUUAUACCCAAGGAUGAGAUCAACUCCCUCUUCGUCGAUGUCAAGGAGUUCGUCACCAAGAACAAGGGCAAGAUCUCCGGUUGGCCCGCCGAGACCCAGUCCAUCUACAACCUGUAUAACUCGCCGACCCAAGUAGCGAUGCGCACUCACCCAAAUGAGCUGCGCGUGCAGAAGCUCCUCAACGACCUGUACAGGGACGACACUGGAAGGACCAGCACCGAGCCCCUCAGCUACACUGAUGCCAUCCGUAUCCGCCCCCCCGGUCAGCCUUUCCUGGGUUUGGGCCCCCACAUCGAUGCCGGCAGCCUCGCCCGAUGGGCCGACCCAAAGUACCGCAAGGUGUACGACGCCAUCUUCUCAGGAAGUCCAGAGGCCCACGAUGCCUUCGACCUCGGAGUUCGUCAGGACGCCGACCAGUUCCUGUUCCCCGGGAAGGCACACUCUGUCAUCUUCCGGGCUUUUCAGGGAUGGACAGCUCUCACUCCUGCCGAUGCUGGCGAGGGGACAUUGCUCCUCUACCCAGACGUCAAGCGCGUCAUCUCCUACCUACUCCUGCGCCCGUUCUUCUCACCUCCCGAAAAUGGGGAGGACGUGAUGGAUUACACCAAGUGGACUUUUGAUGCCACGUCCACCGGAUUUCCAGGGACCACCAAGCCUGACAGUCAACGCCUCAGCGUCACAUCACACCCACACCUACGCUUGCGCGAGUGCAUGGUUUACAUUCCCCGAAUGGAGCCUGGUGACACCGUCUGGUGGCAUGCUGAUAUGUGCCACGCGGUUGACCCUGAUCACCAGGGCUCUCUCGAUGCUAGCGUGGCCUAUAUUGGCGCCUGCCCCACGACUGAGAUUAAUAAAAGGUAUGUCAAGAGCCAGCUUGAGGCUGCACUGGCAGGGAAGCCUCCUCCAGACUGUCUGGGUUUGGAGACAGACGAGACAACGCUGGACGGCUAUAAGGGAUUUGACCAUGUGUCGGCCGAAGGAAAGGCAGCCCUCGGAUUUGGACUUCUUUGA